AUAAGAAAAUAAGGGGGUCGUCUAAAUUUGGAGCAAGCAAGCAGCAAAAUGACUCGCGGCGAAUUGUGUGUCAGGGCGAGAGCGAAAAACGCGGCGAAAACGAAACACUGGCAUUGGCAAUGGCAGCGGUUGUCGCCCGCCUGCACUUCAGUGUGUGAGUCGCGAUAAACGCGAGUGAAACGGGCGACGCGGCGCAACUAAACCGCGUACCGACAAACACACACCACCACAUACCGUCCAUAUACAUAUACGGGCGGGAGAGCGCAUGCUCUCCGCCGCACACUCACGCUGUUUCGUUUUCUCCGCUUUGUGGCGCCGCGCGCGAGUUUUGUCGCAGCAGCAAACACGCAAUAAAAGUUCAAAAACAGUUGAAGUAUACCGCGACGCGAGUAAAAAUCUUUCCUUCGACGUCGUCGCUGUUCGUUGUAGUAGUUGUUGUUGUUUCUAUAGUGUGCUCUGUUCCGCGAAUUUCAUGUGCAUUUAUGUACAUAUAUGUAUUUAUAUAUGCGUAUAUAUUUAUGACUAGUCAAAGGAUUUCCACGCCAACAUUUUAUUUAUUCAAAUACCCGCUCGAUCCUAUUUAUAUGACAAUACAUCUACAAAAAUCAACUACAGUGAUAUAAAGUUGGUUAAACAAGGUUCAAGAUAUUGCAUAAAUAUGAUAAUAAAUGGGCACAAACUAACGGGCAGCAUUAAAGGACGAAAUUCGCUUUUUCUUCUGCAAAGAUCACCUACAAACAUAGCUGCCAUGGUACAAGAAACUGAGAUAAAAAGGUCAAUGCCGUCAAAGAAAUUUGAAACAGGUUUGAGCUUCCGGCAGAAGCACAGAUUUAAAACAAAUUAUCUACAAACUAAUAGCUGAGUAAGUGGAAAAUUCGAACUGUUUUAUUCCAAUAUUCUUGUGAUUUAUAGAUACACCAGCAUACGAUAUUUUCAAAAAAUGGAGUGGAAGGGCAGUGAAACACGAAGUUUUUCUAUAACUUAUAAACUAUGAAACUCACAAAAAUUUAAAGUUAUGCAAAUGUACAAAUUGAAAUAAAUUUUUUUUGAACUUUUUAACUAUUUGUAAGCUUGAAACGUAAUAAAUAUAAAAUAUAUAAUAUUGAAAUGUUUUUCACGUCUAUUGGUUAUUAUUUUCAGCGUGGUUUUAAACCUUUGAAUAUUUAAGUAUAUUUGGCAUAUAGACGGUCCCACUUUUGUCGAUGCUCUUAGAGAUGGACAAUAGUAUCGAUAGUAUCGCAUAUAACCAAGCUUAUCUUUAACGUAUAUCGAUUUUAUUUGUCAGUCGUUAAUAGUUCUAUCGGUGGAAACAGCUGUUUGUUUUUAAUAUCGGGGAGGCCUUCAGAUACUGCACCGAUAUCCGAACCAAAUCGAAUAAGAGGCGAAAGAACUUGAACUGAACCGGUGGGAAAUGAUGUUUCCGGAGGUGUUUGUCUUGC